AUGACAGAAGACAAUUGUUUCGUUUAUGCUUGCAUUCAGGCUGGAGUAAAUGAAGAAACUAUUGACCACAUGAGAGAAGUCAUUCGUGUUAGAGACUUUCCUCAAAGUAAAGUACAAGAAAUUUCUGACGCAACAGGUAUAGCAUUUAAUGUUACCAUUGGUUAUUUCAAUGACUCAAGACAUAAUGAAAUAAAGAGAUACAUACCAAAAGAAUGUGAAACUGUUAGAACUAUUGACUUACUUCUUGUUGAAGACCACUACAUGCUAAAUGAAAGAUUACCAAUGACAACAUAUUUCAUUCGCAACUAUAUAGAAAUCUUGAAGGAGUGUGGUGGAAUGAACAUUGAGAAACAGAUGAAGAUUUAUACAAAGAGAGAAGAUAAAUAUGUAGUUCGUUAUGAUAGAACAACACCGUUAUGGGAUGUUAUGAAAACAUUGUGGGAGUGCAAAUAUUUCGAACCUAUUUCUUAUGGAGAACUUUUCACAUAUACGACUGACUUAUAUAAACAGAACCUUGCACCAUUUAAAGAUUUGACAUAUGCUCCAAAGUAUUGUGUACAACUGAAGAAGAAAGCCGAGUCAAAAGAAGUAAAUAAAGCUAAAUGUAAGUUCAUUCCUGAGCACGUUUUCUUUGCUGACUUUGAGUGCAGUACUGAUGGCUUUCAUAAAGCCUUUAACAUUUGUUAUGACAGUGAAGAUGGAAAGAUUAGCGAAAGCAUUUGGGGUCAGAACUGUGCAACAGAAUUUUUGGAACGACUUCCUGACAAGAGUUUAAUAUAUUUCCAUAACCUCAGUUAUGAUAUAAACUUCAUCUUAAGACACAUGACAGAAGUGAAAGGAACUCCCAUCAUUAAAG